UAUUUGAUUAAUUUUGUGCAUUAGAGGCUAUUCUAUCUUUAUUGCAAAUAAUUUUAUUAUUAACAUAGUAUAUUGAAUAAUAUUGCUUAAGGACGUGUAAUUCGAUAAGAUUAGUAUAAAAGUAAAUUUAACGUUAAAUAUAUAUAUAUAGCAAUGUGAAUGUUGCUGCUCCUUGAACAAAGCCGAUUACAUGAUUCUAUUUUGUUGAAAUGGAUAAGCCUAAGUCAAGUGAAGAGAGGUAAGUUUGUGUUACAAAAUGUAUGUACCAUUUAUCGCUACGCAAUUGCAAUAUAUGCAAAUCAAAUAACAGCAAUCAGUUCAAUUUGCAUAUUCUCUUUUCAAUAUUUCUUUGCUAAUUUGAAUUUUCUAUUAAGAAUGGAUUGAUUGUUUGUUCAUCGGAUCCUAAAAUUUAAUGUGCAAAGUAGCAUUCAAGUUUUUUUUUGAUGCAUACUUUUUAAGCAAAAGGUAUUAGUGUGUAUUUGAUUACACCGCUAUCACGAUUUUUUUCUGUGUAUUUAGUAACGUCGGCAAAACAAACUUCUUACCACAGGGAGAUGUUCGAGAAUUCCGAAAGCAAGAAAUUAAAUAGUAAUCCCAAGGAAAAAGCGAACAUUAUUUCCACAAUAUUUUUCUGCUACACAAUUCCUCUGUUUAGGAAAGGAUGGAAGAAGGAUUUGACUGAGAAUGACCUCUACAAGACACUGCCGCAGCACAGUUCCGAAUUAUUAGGUGAUAAUCUGCAAAGAGAAUGGGAGAAGGAGAUUAAAAAAGAUGAUCCUUCAUUGUUCAAAGCAUUAUAUAGAACGUUCGGUAGAUUGUACUACAAGUUUUGUUUCAUAUUAAUAUUUUUCCAAAGUCUGAGAAUAUGCCAGCCAAUAGCAUUAUAUUACUUGAUGAAAUACUACGUUCCUGAACAAACGGAAUACAGCAUAAAUGAUGCAUACAUAUACACUAGUAUAAUAGUAAUAUCAUCAAUUAUUUUUGUGACGACUGUCCAUUCAUAUGUGACGGCUCUGCAACAUAUGGGCAUGAUGGUGCGUGUGUCCUGUUGCUCUUUGGUAUAUAGGAAAUGCCUGAGAUUAAGCAAUAAAGCUUUAGGUGAUACGACUGCAGGACAAAUGAUAAAUUUACUUUCGAACGAUGUCAGUAGAUUUGACACUGUGUGUGUAAAUUUGCCGUACAUGCUUUUGUGUCCACUAGAGUUGAUUAUAAUAUUAGUUAUAUUGUAUUUCUACGUUGGUCCUCUAAUAUUCUGUGGCGUUGGUAUGAUCACCAUGUUUAUACCAUUGCAAGUGUACCUAGGUAAAAAGUUUUCCAAUGUGCGACUACGCACAGCACUAAAGACGGAUGAACGUGUGAGGCUUAUGAGCGAAAUCAUCUCAGGCAUUCAAGUGAUCAAAAUGUAUACGUGGGAGGAUUCUUUUGCGAAACUGAUCGCAGCUGCUAGAAAAUCGGAAAUAAAGCAGAUUCUGGCAACUUGCAACAUCAAAUCUAUAGUUUUAUCGUUGUCGAUAUUCACCGCGAGAUUUGCCGUUUUCUUUUCUAUGUUGCUAUAUGUACUGAUUGACACCAUUCCGACAGCAGAAAACGUGUUCAUGAUCAUCUCCUUCUUCAACAUCAUUAGGCAAUCGCUAACAUUGACACUACCAAAUGGAAUCUCGCAGAUUGCGGAAGCUAUAAUUUCCAUGAAUCGCUUAAAGAAAUUCAUGUUGAUGCAUGAAGUUGAAAUGCUGCCACAUCAAGAGACUACUGCGAACAGUCCUAUAAUACAUAUUAAAGAUGUAAAAGCAAAGUGGAACGAGGAUAUCACUGACAUGACACUGGAUAACAUCAAUCUUGACUUCCAGAAAGGGCAAUUAGUAACAGUCAUUGGGGAAGUGGGUAGUGGCAAGUCUAGUUUACUGCAGUUGAUCCUGCACGAAUUGCCUGCUCUUGAAGGUAUUAUCGAAGUGCGUGGUAAAAUCUCGUAUGCGGCACAGGAACCUUGGUUAUUCACCGGAACCAUCAGACAGAAUAUUUUAUUUGGAAAUAGUUAUUAUAAGGAUAAAUACAACAAAGUAAUUGAUGUGUGCGCGUUACGUCGUGAUUUAGCUUUAUUUGCGCAUGGAGAUGGUACCAUUAUCGGUGAGAAAGGUGUGAUCUUGAGCGGCGGUCAGAGGGCUCGUGUGAACUUGGCCAGAGCUAUAUACGAAGAAGCCGAUAUUUAUUUGCUGGAUGAUCCACUGUCCGCCGUUGAUGCACAUGUUGGAAGACUCAUUUUUGAGGAAUGCAUAAGCAACUAUCUGCGUGACAAGUGUACGGUUUUGGUGACCCAUCAAGUGCAAUAUUUGAAAAAUGUUCCUAAGAUUGUUAUUUUGAAGAACGGGCAUGUGUCCUUCGAAGGACGAUACGAUGAACUGCAGAAUGUAGUCUCCUCCGACUUUAUCGCGCUCCUGGAAAAGUCAGACGACGAACAGAAUGGAGACGCUAAGAAGCAGGAAGAAAAGUUGGAUGAAGAGCCGGAGAUUCGACCUGCGCAAUUGGUACAAGUAGAAAAUAGAAGCGUUGGUAAAGUGAAAUCUGCAAUAUAUAUGGCGUAUUUAAAAGCUGGUGGAAAUGUUUGUAUGGUAAUUUUUAUCAUAAUACUUUUCAUACUUACUCAAGUUGGAGUAUCAGCCUGUGAUUAUUUUAUUACUUAUUGGGUUAUUGUGGAACAAAAUAGAUCAACCGGAUCGGACCCAGAGAGUCUUUUAACAACUUACGAGUGUAUCUACAUAUAUUCUGGAAUAGUUGUUCGGAUGAUAAUAAUAACGUUAUUAAGAUCUGUCAUGUAUUUUAAAUUCUCCAUGAAAGCCUCGACAAAUCUGCACAACAAUAUGUUCAGAAGAAUAGUCAGAGCUUCGAUGUCAUUCUUCCACAAUAACUCAUCUGGUAUUAUUCUUAAUAGAUUUUCGAAGGACAUGGGCUCGAUUGAUGAACAGUUUCCUUACGUAUCAUUAGAUACUAUUCAAGUGGGAUCCCAAGUCUUGGGUAUAACAAUAAUCUCAUCAAUCGUAAGCCCUUGGCUGCUGUUAGCCAUAAUCACGAUAACUAUAAUAUUCUAUUUUCUCAGGGUGAUUUACUUGAAGACUAGUCGUAAUAUAAAACGAUUAGAAGGAAUAGCGAAAAGUCCCGUUUUUACACACCUGAACUCUAGUCUACAAGGGUUAACAACAAUACGAGCUUUUAGAGCACAGGAUAUUUUAAGAAAGAAGUUUGAUUUGUAUCAAGAUUUGCAUAGUUCUGCUUGGCAUUCUUUCUUGUCUUGCUCGAGAGCAUUUGGGUUUUGGUUAGAUUUAUUUUGUAGUUUCUACGUUGCUUUAGUCGGAUACAGCUUCCUUCUAACAAACGAAAAAUACGGUGCCAAUGUGGGAUUGGCGUUAACUCAAGCAAUGUCUUUAACUGGUAUGUUUCAAUGGGGCAUGCGGCAGUGGAGCGAAAUGGAGAACCAUAUGACUUCGGUGGAGAGAGUCGUCGAGUAUACUAAUGUCGAGCAAGAGAAAAGCAAAUUUGAGGGCAAUGCACCACUUUCAAAGAACUGGCCGAAGAAUGGCGCGAUAGAAUUUCGCAAGGUCAGUUUGAAGUACAGUGCCGAAGGCCAGUACGUUCUUAAACAUAUUUCCGUUGACAUCAAGUCAAAAGAAAAGAUUGGCAUUGUUGGAAGAACGGGUGCAGGGAAGUCCUCAUUAAUUACAUGUCUGUUCCAAUUGGCCCAUACUGAGGGUAUUAUUGAAAUAGAUGGAAUUAACACGCAAAUGGUACACCUCAAGAAACUUCGUUCAAAAAUAUCGAUAAUUCCACAAGAACCAGUUUUGUUUGGUGGAACUCUUAGAAGAAAUCUUGAUCCGUUCGAUGAAUAUACAGAUAAAACUCUGUGGGAAGCCUUGGAGCAAGUCGAAAUGAAACCCACGGUCGUUGAUAUUCCUUUAGGUUUAGGCAUGAAAAUUAAUGAAGGAGGCUCGAAUUUCAGUGUGGGUCAAAGGCAAUUGAUUUGUUUGGCUCGAGCGAUUAUCCGAGACAAUAACAUUUUAGUAAUGGAUGAGGCCACAGCGAACGUGGACCCAAAAACCGAUUCCCUUAUACAGAAAACGAUCAGAGAGAAAUUCCAAGAUUGCACUGUCCUCACCAUUGCUCACAGGUUGAAUACUAUAGUAGACUCGGAUAAGAUAUUGGUGUUGGAUAAUGGAGAAGCGAAAGAAUUCGAUGAACCACAUAUUUUGCUGCAGAAUCCUGUAGGCUAUUUCUAUUCAUUAGUAGAGCAGACAGGACCUAUGGCUGCAACUAUAGCGAGUAUAGCGAAAGAAAAUUAUAACACAAGAAAAUCAAAGAUAAUUAAGGAUUAAAUAAUGUAUUCAUUCUAUUUUAUUAUAAUUGUUUAAAACAUGUCAAAAUUUUACAGUAUGUUAAUAAUUAAAUUUACUGAUUACAUUAACGAUGGAUGACUUCCAAAUAUACAGAUACUCAAAAUGAUCACAUUUCCAAUAUGUAUGAUAUAAGAAUUACUGUUAAAUACAUUUUAAUCUAUCAUAGUAACAGUUUUGCCUAAGUUGCAAUUUAAUGAUAAUUUAAAAUGAAUCUUUCUAGUAACUAAAUAAUAAAUUUUAAACUCUUGUAAUAAUA